AUGGCUGCCUCAUCAAACUUUGCACUCGAGAAGACUGCGGUUGUUCUCAUAGAUCCGUAUAACGACUUCCUCCACCCCGAAGGCAAGCUCUUCCCCGCGGUGCAAGAGUCCCUCACAGCUACGGACACUGUCGCCCACCUCAAGACACUCGUGGCGGCGGCCCGAAGCCGUCGGGUCCCGAUCUUUUACGCCCUGCACCAGCACUGGAGGGAGGGAAUCUUUGACGGGUGGCGACAUGUCAACCCAGCGGCUGCAAAGGCCACGGGCAUCUUCCAGGAAGGCGGCUGGGGGGUGGAGAUUCUCGAGGGAUUGCAGCCGGACUUGAGCGGGAACAGAGACGUGGUUGUCAGCAAGCAUUGGAACAGCAGGUAUUGUUUUCGUGGACAGGUUCUCUCCAGAUGUCAUGUACAAAACACUGACGGGGCCGCCUUUGCGCUUAUUAGCGGUUUCGCCAACACUGAUCUUGACUACCAACUUCGCCAACGCGGAUUCUCCCACUUGGUUCUUGCCGGCAUGACAGCCAACACAUGCUAUGAGUCUACGGCACGGUACGCCAGAGAGCUGACCGAUGCGACCGCUGGGUUCAGCACGGCGGCAAAGGAUGCCGCGACGAAUCUUGUCUGGCCUCUGAUCGCUGAGCGUAUCAUGACGGUCGAUGAGUAUAUCUCCCAAAUGGAGGAAAGCACCACAGAAGAGACGAAGAAGUGA